AUAGCUUCAAUCGGUGCUGCCUGCUACACGAUCGAUCGGUGCUGCCUGCUACACGAUCGAUCGGUGCUGCUCUCCCCUGCUUCGAUCGAUGCUGCUUCGAUCAGUGCUGCUCUCCACUACUACACGAUCGAUCGGUGCUCCUCUCCACUGCUACACGACGGAUUUGGUGCUGCUCUCCAUUGCUGCUCUCCACUGCUACACGAUCGGUACUGUUCUCCAGUGCUACACUCCAAGGCUUCGAGUUUUCGCUACUUGUACACCAUUGUUGUUGCUGGACUGAGGGUUUGGAGGGCUGGUCUGGACUGUGGAGGUUAGUCUCUUCUUCUUCUCUCUUCAAUUUUUUUUUCUUCUGUCUUCUGCUCCUUCACCGAUUCUGGUUUUUUUUUUUUUUUUUU